GCGUCAGGGUUUGAACAACGGUUCGAGCGAUUUACAAUACGGAAGCUUCGUCCAUACGCCGCCUAAUCAUGAGACCGGAGCCCCCUUGGGCCGCAAGGCGACCUUUGAGCUGCCCGGGCCGGCAAUGCGCGUGCCGUCUCACCAGAGCGAUGCAAGCCCGCAGCAGCCGGUUCCUACCCAAGACGCCCAGCCGAAUCGCCAGGCUUUGCAAAGAAGCGCGUCCAUGAUUGACGAUCCGCCUCGCUCUUCUGGCCCGCCCCCGACUGAACACGAGAAUACGCCUUCAUCGAUCCGACUCCCACACUCUGCGACAAUUGGAUCUGGAUACAAUGCUUCUCCAAGGGGUGGUCUUCGACGCCUAUUUUCGAACGCGUCACCUCUGAAUCGAUCAGGAACGAACCCAGAGUACGGCCUCCAGGGACUGGCUAUUGACCUGGUCCGGCAGAAGGAAAAGGAAUUCUUUGACUUCCUCGACUCUGAGCUGGAAAAGGUGGAAGCAUUCUACAAGAUGAAGGAGGACCAGGCCGGAGAACGACUCUCUUUGCUUAAGGACCAACUGCACGAGAUGAGGAACCGGCGGACCCAAGAACUUCAUGUCCAGAAGCAACAGGCAGAAAUCGACUUCUUGAACGGCGGACACGGCGACUCGGACGGUCCCCAGAAAGGCCCUCUCGGCUGGAUCGAUCCUGUAAAGUCCAAGAUCUUCCGCCCGGGACCAAACUCCAAGGCUCUAUCGAAAAUGGCCCAGACCCCAGUCAUGCGUCCAGAAGGCGGCGACGCGGGACGAGACUACAUCCGACGACCCCACGAACACGACGUACCGUACCGGACCGCCAAACGCAAGCUCAAGCUCGCUCUACAAGAAUUCUACCGCGGGCUCGAAUUGCUCAAGUCCUACGCUCUCCUGAACCGAACUGCGUUCCGCAAGCUGAACAAAAAGUACGACAAGGCCGUUAACGCCCGGCCCCAGUACCGCUACAUGAACGAAAAGGUUAGCAAGUCUUGGUUCGUCAACAGCGACGCUGUAGACGGCCACAUCAAGGCGGUAGAGGACCUGUACGCUCGGUACUUUGAGCGUGGCAAUCACAAGCUCGCGGCUGGUAAGCUGCGAAGUCUGAGUCGCAGACCAGGAGACGAAUCCGGAAGUGCUUUCCGCUGCGGAAUCCUCCUCGGCACUGGACUGGUUUUCGCCAUCCAGGGUGCAGUCUUUGGCGGCCAGCUGCUCUUUGACGAGGAUCCCGAGGUACGCUCACGCACCAGCUACCUCUUGCAGAUCUACGGAGGGUAUUUCCUAAUGCUGCUCCUGUUCUGCAUGUUCUGUCUCAACUGUGCCAUCUGGACGCGGAAUAAGAUCAACUACCCUUUUAUUUUCGAAUUCGAUACCCGGCAUAAUCUCGACUGGCGGCAGCUGGCCGAGUUCCCUAGCUUGUUCACCUUCAUCUUUGGAGUGUUCAUAUGGCUCAACUUUAGCGAGUACGGGACGAACGAGGUGUAUGAAUACUACCCCGUAGUCCUGAUUGCCAUCUCGGUCUUUAUCAUCUUCCUCCCGGCGCCCAUUUUCAUGGCAAGGAGUCGAAGGUGGUUCGCGUACGCUCAUGUAAGUUGUUCAUCUCCCGCCUCUACUAGUAAUUCAAUCUGAUCAUACAAAUAGUGGCGCCUGUUGCUGGCCGGUCUGUAUCCAGUCGAGUUCCGAGACUUCUUCCUCGGCGAUAUCUACUGUUCCCUGACGUACGCCAUGUGUGUAAGUGGUCAUUAUUAUGCUCCUCUCUCUCACAUAUCCUCAACUGACCACGUUCAGAAUGUCGAACUGUUCUUCUGCAUAUACGCCAACGCAUGGGAGAACCCGGCUCAGUGCAACUCUAGUCACUCCAGGCUGCUCGGCUUCUUAGGCGCCCUACCUCCCAUCUGGCGUUUCCUGCAAUGUCUACGUCGUUACAAGGACACCAGGAACAUCUUCCCUCACCUCGUCAACGGCGGCAAAUACACAAUGUC